AUGCUUGGGCUUGGGCUUAGGCUUGGGCUUGGGCUUGGGCUUGGGCUUGGGCUUGGGCUUGGGCUUGGGCUUGGGCUUGGGCCUGGGCCUGGGCUUGGGCUUGAGCCUGGGCUUGGGCUUGGGCUUGGGCUUGGGCUUGGGCUUGGGCUUGGGCUUGGGCUUGGGCUUGGGCUUGGGCUUGGGCUUGGGCUUGGGCUUGGGCUUGGGCUGAUGUGGAAAGGGCAACGAAACUACAGGUUGCCCACGGAAGACCUAAAAGAUGAAAACGAAAACCACAGAUGUGCAUGCAUCCGCCAUGGCAACCGCUAG